AUGGCGGAUGAGGAAGAAUACGAGGAGGUGAUAGAGUACUACACCGAGGAGACAGUUUACGAGGAGGUGCCGGGAGAGACAAUUACAGAAGUCUAUGAAACUACGACAACAAGGACAUCUGACUAUGGCCAAUCAGAAACUUCCACACCAGCGCUGGUACAGCCACCACCAGCAAAACCGAUGGAGCGGAAGAAGGUCAUCCGGAAGAAGGUGGAUUCUUCCAAGUUCAUGACCCCCUACAUUGAACACAGUCAGAAAAUGCAGGAUCUUUUCAGCCCAAAUAAAUACAAAGAGAACUAUGAGAAAGCAAAGGGACAGCCAUAUGCCAUCACAAGUGAUACUCCAGAACUUCGCAGAAUCAAGAAAGUACAGGAUCAACUCAGUGAGGUUAAGUAUCGAAUGGAUGGAGAUGUUGCCAAAACUAUCUGUCAUGUGGAUGAAAAAGCAAAAGAUAUUGAACAUGCAAAGAAAGUGUCGCAGCAAGUCAGCAAGGUUUUAUACAAGCAGAACUGGGAAGACACCAAGGAUAAGUACCUGCUUCCCCCUGAUGCCCCUGAACUUGUCCAAGCCAUUAAGAACACAGCCAUGUUCAGUAAGAAACUGUACACUGAAGACUGGGAAGCAGACAAAGGGUUGUUUUAUCCCUACAAUGACAGUCCAGAACUGAGGAGGGUCGCCCAGGCCCAGAAAGCACUUAGUGAUAUUGCCUACAAAAAAGGACUCACCGAACAGCAAACUCAGUUCACAUCCCUGCCUGAUCCUCCUGAUGUAGAAUUUGCCAAGAAAGUAACCAACCAAGUGAGCAAGCAAAAAUAUAAAGAAGACUAUGAAAAGAAAGUCAAAGGAAAAUGGAGCGAGACACCCUGCUUUGAGAUUGCAACAGCCAGAAUGAACGCUGAUAAUCUCAGCUCAAGGAAGUAUCAGGAAGACUUUGAGAACAUGAAAGACCAGAUCUACUUCAUGCAGACGGAAACACCGGAGUAUAAAAUGAAUAAACAGGCUGGAGUUGCAGCUAGCAAGGUAAAAUACAAAGAAGACUACGAGAAGAAUAAAGCGAAAGCUGACUAUAAUGUACUUCCUGCUUCAGAGAACCCACUGCUCAGGCAGCUGAAGGCAGCAGGAAACGUCCUCAGCGAUAAACUAUACAAGGAAAAUUAUGAGAAGACAAAGGCCAAGAGCAUAAAUUACUGUGAGACCCCCAAGUUCCAGCUUGAUUCCGUACUGCAGAAUUUCAGUAGUGAUACUAAAUAUAAAGAUUCCUACCUAAAGAAUAUUUUGGGACACUACGUAGGCAGCUUUGAGGACCCGUAUCACACACAUUGUAUGAAAGUGACGGCCCAAAAUAGUGACAAAAACUACAAAGCAGAGUAUGAAGAGGACAGAGGCAAAGGCUUCUUCCCCCAGACCAUCACCCAGGAGUAUGAAGCAAUCAAGAAACUGGAUCAGUGUAAAGAUCACACCUACAAAGCCCACCCAGAUAAGACCAAGUUCACUCAAGUUACCGACUCUCCUGUUCUGUUGCAAGCUCAGGUCAAUUCCAAACAGCUGAGUGAUCUAAACUACAAAGCCAAACACGAGAGUGAGAAAUUCAAGUGUCAUAUACCUCCGGAUGCGCCUGCCUUCAUCCAGCACAGAGUCAACGCCUAUAACCUGAGUGACAACGUCUACAAGCAAGACUGGGAGAAGAGCAAAGCUAAGAAGUUUGACAUCAAGGUGGAUGCCAUCCCCCUGCUGGCAGCCAAAGCCAACAGCAAGAAUGCCAGCGAUGUGAUGUACAAGAAGGACUAUGAGAAGAGCAAAGGCAAGAUGAUUGGUGCCCUCAGCAUCAAUGAUGACCCCAAGAUGCUGCACUCCCUGAAGACAGCCAAAAACCAGAGUGACAGACUCUACAGGGAAAACUAUGAGAAGACAAAGGCCAAGAGUAUGAAUUACUGUGAGACCCCUAAGUAUCAACUCGACACCCUUCUGAAGAACUUCAGUGAGGCUAAAUAUAAAGAUUCAUACGUAAAGAAUAUUUUGGGUCACUACGUAGGCAGCUAUGAGGACCCGUACCAAACACAUUGCAUGAAAGUUUCAGCUCAAAACAGUGACAAGAGUUACAAAGCAGAAUAUGAAGAAGAUAAAGGGAAAUGCUAUUUCCCUCAGACGAUAACUCAAGAAUAUGAAGCUAUCAAGAAGUUGGACCAGUGUAAAGAUCAUACGUACAAAGUGCACCCUGAUAAGACCAGAUUCACAGCGGUCACCGACACUCCUGUGCUGUUACAAGCCCAGCUCAACACCAAACAGCUCAGUGAUCUGAAUUACAAAGCAAAGCAUGAAGGUGAGAAAUUCAAGUGCCACGUGCCAGCAGAUGCACCAGAGUUCAUCCAGCACAGAGUCAAUGCUUAUAAUCUGAGCGAUAACGUCUACAAGCAAGACUGGGAGAAGAGCAAAGCUAAGAAGUUUGACAUCAAGGUGGAUGCCAUCCCCCUGCUGGCAGCCAAAGCCAACAGCAAGAAUGCCAGCGAUGUGAUGUACAAGAAGGACUAUGAGAAGAGCAAAGGCAAGAUGAUUGGUGCCCUCAGCAUCAAUGAUGACCCCAAGAUGCUGCACUCCCUGAAGACAGCCAAAAACCAGAGUGACCGUGAAUACCGUAAAAACUAUGAAAAAUCAAAAACGAUCUACACCGCCCCUCUUGAUAUGCUCCAAGUCACCCAAGCUAAGAAAUCUCAGGCGCUUGUCAGUGAUGUGGACUACAAACACGUCUUGCACAACUACAGUUACCCGCCUGACAGUAUCAACGUGGACCUCGCCAAGAAGGCUUACGCACUGCAGAGUGACGUGGAAUACAAAUCUGACUACAACAGCUGGAUGAAGGGCUGUGGCUGGGUGCCCUUCGGGUCCUUGGAGAUGGAGAAGGCCAAGCGAGCCUCGGACAUUCUUAAUGAGAAAAAAUACCGCCAGCAUCCAGAUACGCUCAAGUUUACCUCCAUUGAAGAUGCUCCCAUUACAGUGCAGUCUAAAAUUAACCAGGCCCAAAGGAGUGAUAUUGCUUACAAAGCCAAGGGGGAGGAAAUUCUGCAUAAGUACAGCCUGCCAGCAGACCUGCCGCAGUUCAUUCAGGCUAAAGUGAAUGCCUACAACAUCAGUGAGAAUCUGUACAAAGCCGACUUGAAAGACUUAAGCAAGAAAGGAUAUGACCUGAGAAUUGAUGCAAUUCCCAUCAAAGCUGCCAAAGCUGCCAGGCAGGCUGCAAGUGAUAUUCAUUACAAAAAAGAUUAUGAAAAAGCUAAAGGGAAAAUGGUUGGAUUCCAAAGCCUCCAAGAUGAUCCUAAACUGGUUCAUUACAUGAACGUGGCCAAGAUACAGUCAGACCGGGAGUAUAAAAAAGACUAUGAGAAGACAAAGACCAAGUACAACACACCCCACGAUAUGUUCGAUGUGGUGGCGGCUAAGAAGGCACAGGAUGUGAUCAGCAACACCAACUACAAGCACUCUCUCCACCACUACACCUACCUGCCGGAUGCCAUGGACCUGGAGCUGUCCAAGAACAUGAUGCACAUACAGAGUGACAAUGCCUACAAGGAAGACUAUAACACCUGGAUGAAGGGCAUUGGCUGGAUACCGAUCGGCAGUCUCGACCAAGAAAAAGUCAAAAAGGCAGGCGAUGCCCUGAGCGAAAAGAAAUACAGGCAGCAUCCAGACACACUCAAGUUCACCAGCAUCGUGGACUCCCCAGUGAUGGUGCAAGCAAGGCAGAACACGCAGCAAGUCAGCGAUAUCUUAUACAAAGCUAAAGGCGAAGACGUAAAGCAUAAAUACACUUUGAAUCCUGAUCUCCCAGAGUUUCUCCAAGCCAAGUGCAAUGCUUACAAUAUAAGUGAUGUCUGUUACAAACGGGACUGGCAUGAUUUAAUAGCCAAAGGCAACAAUGUCCUGGCUGAUGCGAUCCCCAUCACAGCGGCCAAGUCAUCAAGGAACAUUGCCAGUGAUUAUAAAUACAAGGAAGCUUAUGAGAAGUCAAAGGGAAAACAUGUUGGUUUCAGAAGCCUCCAGGAUGACCCCAAGUUGGUCCAUUAUAUGAAUGUGGCAAAGUUGCAGUCAGACAGAGAAUACAAGAAGAACUAUGAGAACACCAAAACCAGUUACCAUACCCCUGGGGACAUGGUUAGCAUUACUGCUGCCAAGAUGGCCCAGGAUGUGGCCACCAACGUCAACUACAAACAACCAUUACAUCACUAUACAUACCUGCCUGACGCCCUGAGUCUCGAGCACACGAGGAAUGCUAAUCAAAUUCAGAGUGAUAAUGUAUACAAAGAUGAGUAUAACAGCUUCUUCAAGGGCAUCGGGUGGAUUCCCAUUGGCUCGCUGGAGGUGGAGAAGGCCAAGAAAGCAGGUGAUGCCCUCAAUGAGAGGAAAUACCGACAACAUCCAGACACCAUCAAGUUCACAAGUGUGCCUGACUCCAUGGGCAUGGUUUUGGCUCAGCAGAACACAAAGCAGCUAAGUGAUUUGAACUACAAGGUAGAGGGAGAGAAAAUGAAGCAUAAGUACACAAUGGACCCUGAAUUGCCUCAGUUUAUCCAAGCCAAGGUUAAUGCCAUCAAUAUGAGUGAUGCUCAUUACAAAGCGGACUGGAAGAAAACCCUUGCCAAGGGUUACGACUUGAGACCAGAUGCUAUUCCCAUUGUUGCCGCCAAAAGUUCAAGGAACAUCGCUAGUGACUGCAAAUACAAGGAGGCCUAUGAAAAAGCCAAAGGCAAGCAAAUUGGCUUUCUCAGUCUUCAGGACGACCCUAAACUGGUUCACUACAUGAAUGUGGCCAAAAUACAAUCAGAUCGUGAGUAUAAGAAGGGAUACGAGGCCAGCAAGACCCGGUACCACACACCUCUGGAUAUGUUCAGUGUGACCGCUGCAAAGAAGUCUCAGGAAGUUGCUACCAACACUAACUACAGACAGCCCUACCACAACUACACCCUCCUGCCUGACGCCUUGAAUGUGGAGCACUCCAGGAAUGCCAUGCAAAUUCAGAGUGAUAAUCUGUACAAAUCUGACUUCACCAACUGGAUGAAAGGUAUCGGCUGGGUCCCCAUAGACUCCUUGGAGGUGGAGAAGGCAAAGAAAGCCAGCGAGAUUCUGAGUGAGAGGAAGUAUCGCCAGCAUCCCGAGAAGCUGAAGUUCACGUACGCCAUGGACACCAUGGAGCAGGCACUUAACAAAAGCAACAAGCUGACUAUGGAUAAGAGACUGUACACUGAAAAGUGGAACAAAGACAAGACCACCAUUCACGUCAUGCCUGAUACUCCAGACAUCUUGCUCUCCAGAGUAAACCAGAUCACCAUGAGUGAUAAACUAUACAAAGCGGGCUGGGAAGAAGAGAAGAAGAAAGGCUAUGACCUGAAGCCUGAUGCCAUCUCAAUAAAGGCUGCCAAGGCCUCCAGAGACAUUGCCAGUGAUUACAAAUACAAGCAAGCCUACGAACAAGCCAAAGGGAAGCACAUUGGCUUCCGCAGCCUGGAAGACGACCCCAAGUUGGUGCACUUCAUGCAGGUGGCCAAGAUGCAAUCAGACCGGGAAUACAAGAAGGGCUAUGAGAAAUCCAAGACAUCCUUCCACACCCCAGUGGACAUGUUCAGCGUGGUGGCAGCCAAGAAGUCUCAGGAAGUGGCUACCAAUGCCAACUACAGAAACAUAAUCCACACCUACAACAUGCUUCCUGAUGCCAUGAGCUUUGAGUUGGCCAAGAAUAUGAUGCAGAUUCAAAGUGAUAAUCAGUACAAGGCAGACUAUGCCGACUUCAUGAAGGGCAUUGGAUGGCUCCCCCUGGGCUCCCUGGAAGCUGAGAAAAACAAGAAAGCCAUGGAGAUUAUUAGUGAAAAGAAGUACCGGCAACACCCAGACACUUUGAAGUAUUCCACGUUGAUGGACUCAAUGAACAUGGUUUUGGCUCAGAAUAAUGCAAAAAUUAUGAAUGAACAUCUCUAUAAACAAGCGUGGGAAGCAGACAAGACCAAAAUCCACAUCAUGCCUGAUAUCCCAGAGAUCGUUUUGGCAAAAGCAAACGCAAUUAACAUGAGUAAUAAACUCUACAAACUGUCUCUGGAAGAAUCUAAAAAGAAAGGCUAUGACCUCAGAACGGAUGCAAUUCCUAUCCAAGCUGCCAAAGCAUCGAGAGACAUUGCAAGUGACUAUAAAUACAAGCACAAUUAUGAAAAGGAAAAGGGGAAAAUGGUUGGCUUCCGAAGCCUGGAGGAUGAUCCCAAAUUAGUCCAUUCCAUGCAAGUGGCUAAGAUGCAAUCUGAUCGAGAGUACAAGAAGAACUAUGAGAAGACGAAGACCAGCUACCAUACCCCUGCCGACAUGCUGAGCGUCACAGCUGCCAAGGACGCCCAAGCCAACAUCACCAACACUAACUAUAAGCGCCUCAUCCACAAGUACAUCCUUCUCCCAGAUGCCAUGAACAUUGAGCUGACCAGGAAUAUGAAUCACAUCCAGAGUGAUAAUGAGUAUAAGCAAGACUACAACGAGUGGUACAAAGGGCUUGGCUGGAGCCCAGCUGGUUCCCUAGAGGUGGAAAAGGCCAAGAAGGCAACUGAGUAUGCCAGCGAUCAGAAGUACCGCCAGCAUCCCAGCAGCUUCCAGUUUAAAAAGUUGACUGACUCCAUGGACAUGGUGCUGGCCAAGCAGAAUGCUCAUACCAUGAAUAAGCAUUUAUACACCAUUGACUGGAAUAAAGAUAAAACCAAGAUUCACGUGAUGCCUGAUACACCAGAUAUUUUGCAAGCCAAGCAGAAUCAAACACUGUACAGUCAGAAAUUCUAUAAACAUGGUUGGGAAGAGGCUCUGAAGAAAGGUUAUGAUCUCCCUGUUGAUGCGAUUUCUGUCCAGCUGGCCAAGACAUCGAGGGACAUCGCUAGUGACUUUAAAUAUAAACAAGGCUACCGGAAACAACUGGGACACCAUAUUGGAUUCCUGAGUGUGCAAGAUGACCCGAAGCUUGUGCUAUCUAUGAAUGUAGCCAAAAUGCAGAGUGAAAGAGAAUACAAGAAAGACUUUGAGAAGUGGAAGACCAAAUACACCAGCCCUGUGGACAUGCUGGGUGUGGUGCUGGCCAAGAAGUGCCAGGCCUUGGUCAGUGACGUGGACUACAGGAACUAUUUACAUCAGUGGACAUGCCUGCCCGAUCAGAAUGAUGUCAUCCAAGCUAAAAAAGUCUAUGAGUUGCAAAGUGAGAACAUGUAUAAGUCUGAUCUUGAGUGGCUGAAAGGCAUAGGAUGGAGUCCCUUGGGUUCUUUGGAAGCAGAAAAGAACAAGCGGGCUUCAGAAAUCAUCAGUGAGAAGAAAUACCGUCAACCUCCAGACAGAAACAAGUUCACCAGCAUCCCUGACGCCAUGGACAUAGUUCUGGCAAAAACAAACGCCAAAAACAGAAGCGAUAGACUUUAUCGAGAAGCUUGGGACAAGGACAAGACUCAGAUCCACAUCAUGCCUGACACUCCUGACAUCGUUCUGGCUAAGGCAAACUUAAUCAAUACGAGUGAUAAAAUCUACAGAAUGGGUUAUGAGGAACUGAGGAAAAAAGGUUACGAUCUUCCUGUCGAUGCCAUUCCCAUCAAAGCAGCCAAAGCAUCCCGGGAAAUUGCCAGUGAAUAUAAAUACAAAGAAGGCUUCCGAAAGCAACUUGGCCACCACAUUGGUGCUCGGAACAUUAAAGAUGACCCCAAAAUGAUGUGGUCCAUGCACGUGGCCAAGAUCCAGAGUGACAGGGAGUACAAGAAGGACUUUGAGAAGUGGAAGACCAAGUACAGCAGCCCGGUGGACAUGCUGGGAGUGGUGCUGGCCAAGAAGUGCCAGACCUUGGUCAGUGAUGCAGACUACAGGAACUACCUGCACCAGUGGACAUGCUUGCCUGACCAGAAUGACGUCAUCCAUGCUCGGCAGGCCUAUGACCUCCAGAGCGAUAAUUUGUACAAGGCUGAUCUUCAGUGGAUGAAAGGCAUUGGCUGGAUAACUUCUGGGUCCCUCGAGGAUGAGAAAAACAAACGAGCCACUCAGAUUCUGAGUGACCAUGUUUACCGUCAGCACCCGGAUAAAUUCAAGUUUUCCAGCCUCAUGGACUCCAUGCCCAUGGUCCUGGCAAAAAAUAAUGCUAUAACCAUGAACCAUCACCUCUAUACAGAAGCUUGGAAUAAAGAUAAAACCACCAUCCAUAUUAUGCCAGAUACCCCUGAAGUUAUACUGGCUAAACAAAACAAAGUAAAUUAUAGUGAGAAAUUAUAUAAACUUGGCCUGGAAGAAGCCAAGAGGAAAGGCUAUGACAUGCGGCUUGAUGCCAUCCCUAUCAAGACAGCCAAGGCCUCCAGAGACAUUGCGAGUGAUUUCAAGUACAAGGAAGGCUACCGUAAGCAGCUGGGCCACCACAUUGGUGCCCGUGCUAUACAUGAUGACCCCAAGAUGAUGUGGUCCAUGCAUGUGGCCAAGAUCCAGAGUGACAGGGAGUACAAGAAGGACUUUGAGAAGUGGAAGACCAAGUACAGCAGCCCGGUGGACAUGCUGGGGGUGGUGCUGGCCAAGAAGUGCCAGACCUUGGUCAGCGAUGUGGACUACAGGAACUACCUGCACCAGUGGACAUGCCUGCCUGACCAGAAUGACGUCAUUCAUGCUCGGCAGGCCUACGACCUCCAGAGCGAUAAUGCGUACAAGUCUGAUCUCCAGUGGAUGAGAGGCAUUGGCUGGGUGCCCAUUGGCUCUCUGGAUGUGGAAAAAUGCAAACGGGCCACAGAAAUCCUGAGUGACAAGAUCUACCGUCAGCCCCCAGACAAGUUCAAGUUCACCAGUGUGACUGAUUCUCUGGAGCAAGUAUUGGCCAAGAAUAAUGCCAUCACUAUGAACAAGCGUUUGUACACAGAAGCCUGGGACAAAGACAAGACCCAGAUCCACAUAAUGCCUGAUACACCCGAAAUCAUGUUGGCAAGAAUGAAUAAAGUCAACUACAGCGAGAGUCUGUAUAAACUCGCCAAUGAAGAAGCAAAGAAAAAAGGCUAUGACUUACGAAGUGAUGCCAUCCCUAUUGUGGCAGCCAAGGCCUCCAGAGACAUCGCCAGUGAUUACAAAUACAAAGAUGGCUACCGCAAGCAGCUGGGCCACCACAUUGGAGCUCGGAACAUCGAAGAUGACCCAAAAAUGGUGUGGUCCAUGCACGUGGCCAAGAUUCAGAGUGACAGGGAGUACAAGAAGGACUUUGAGAAGUGGAAGACCAAGUACAGCAGCCCGGUGGACAUGCUGGGGGUGGUGCUGGCCAAGAAGUGCCAGACCUUGGUCAGCGACGUGGACUACAGGAACUACCUGCACCAGUGGACAUGCCUGCCUGACCAGAAUGACGUCAUUCAUGCUCGGCAGGCCUACGACCUCCAGAGCGAUAAUGUGUACAAGGCAGAUCUCCAGUGGAUGAAGGGCAUUGGCUGGGUCCCCAUUGGGUCUCUGGAUGUGGUCAAGUGCAAGAGAGCCGCAGAGAUACUGAGUGACAACAUCUACCGCCAGCCUCCAGACAAGUUCAAGUUCACCAGUGUGACUGAUUCUCUGGAGCAGGUGCUGGCCAAGAGCAACGCCCUCACCAUGAACAAGCGAUUAUACACAGAGGCCUGGGACAAAGACAAGACUCAAAUCCAUGUAAUGCCUGAUACACCGGAGAUCGUGCUGGCCCGGCAGAACAGAAUCAACUACAGCGAGAGUCUGUAUAAACUUGCCAACGAAGAAGCAAAGAAGAAAGGCUAUGACCUGCGUGUCGAUGCCAUCCCCAUUGUGGCAGCCAAGGCUUCCAGAGACAUCGCCAGUGACUACAAAUACAAAGAUGGCUACCGCAAGCAGCUGGGCCACCACAUUGGAGCUCGGAACAUCGAAGAUGACCCCAAGAUGAUGUGGUCCAUGCACGUGGCCAAGAUUCAGAGUGACAGGGAGUACAAGAAGGACUUUGAGAAGUGGAAGACCAAGUACAGCAGCCCGGUGGACAUGCUGGGGGUGGUGCUGGCCAAGAAGUGCCAGACCUUGGUCAGCGAUGUGGACUACAGGAACUACCUGCACCAGUGGACAUGCCUGCCUGACCAGAAUGACGUCAUCCAUGCUCGGCAGGCCUACGACCUCCAGAGCGAUAAUGUGUACAAGGCAGAUCUCCAAUGGAUGAGGGGCAUUGGCUGGGUCCCCAUCGGGUCUCUGGAUGUGGUCAAGUGCAAGAGAGCCGCAGAGAUCCUGAGUGACAACAUCUACCGCCAGCCUCCAGACAAGUUCAAGUUCACCAGUAUAACUGAUUCUCUAGAGCAGGUGCUGGCCAAGAGCAACGCCCUCAACAUGAAUAAGCGCUUGUACACAGAAGCCUGGGACAAAGACAAGACCCAAAUCCACAUUAUGCCUGAUACACCUGAGAUUAUGUUGGCCAGACAAAAUAAAAUAAACUACAGUGAGAGCCUCUAUCGCCAGGCCAUGGAAGAAGCUAAGAAGGAAGGCUACGACUUGAGAAGUGAUGCCAUCCCCAUCGUGGCUGCCAAGGCUUCCCGAGACAUUGCUAGUGAUUACAAAUAUAAGGAAGCCUACCGGAAGCAGUUGGGUCACCACAUUGGUGCCCGAGCGAUACACGAUGAUCCCAAGAUGAUGUGGUCCCUCCACAUUGCCAAAGUGCAGAGUGACCGUGAAUAUAAGAAAGAAUUUGAGAAAUACAAGACAAGAUACAGCAGCCCAGUGGACAUGCUGGGUAUUGUUUUGGCCAAGAAAUGUCAGACUUUGGUCAGUGAUGUGGACUACAAACACCCCCUGCACGAAUGGACAUGCCUGCCAGACCAGAAUGAUGUCAUACAGGCUCGGAAAGCAUAUGACCUCCAGAGUGACAAUCUGUACAAGGCAGACCUUGAAUGGAUGAAAGGCAUUGGCUGGGUUCCCAUCGGUUCCUUGGAGGUUGUUAAAGCCAAGAGGGCCACAGAGAUACUAAGCGAUAAUAUCUACCGCCAGCGUCCAGACACAUUGAAAUUUACCAGCAUAACUGACUCGCUGGAGCAGGUGCUGGCAAAGAAUAACGCGAUAAACAUGAACAAGCGCUUGUACACUGAAGCCUGGGACAAUGACAAGAAAACCAUCCACGUCAUGCCCGACACACCGGAAAUCAUGCUGGCCAAACUCAACAGGAUAAACUACAGUGAGAAACUCUACAAAGUGGCGCUGGAGGAGGCCAGGAAGCAAGGCUAUGACCUGCGCCUGGAUGCCAUUCCCAUCCGAGCAGCCAAGGCUUCCAGAGAGAUUGCUAGUGACUACAAGUACAAGGAAGGCUACCGCAAGCAGCUGGGCCACCACAUUGGGGCUCGGAACAUCAAGGAUGACCCCAAAAUGAUGUGGUCCAUACAUGUGGCCAAGAUCCAGAGUGACAGGGAGUACAAGAAGGACUUUGAGAAGUGGAAGACCAAGUACAGCAGCCCGGUGGACAUGCUGGGGGUGGUGCUGGCCAAGAAGUGCCAGAUCCUUGUAAGCGACAUAGACUACAAGCAUCCUCUACACGAAUGGACAUGUCUGCCUGAUCAGAAUGAUGUCAUUCAGGCGCGGAAGGCCUAUGACCUGCAAAGUGAUGCUGUUUACAAAGCUGAUCUUGAGUGGCUGAGAGGCAUUGGAUGGGUUCCCAUUGGCUCUGUCGAGGUUGAGAAGGUGAAGAGAGCGGGCGAAAUCCUGAGUGACAGGAAGUAUCGCCAGCCUGCAGACCAGCUCAAGUUCACUUGUAUCACAGACACCCCAGAAAUUGUCCUGGCAAAGAAUAAUGCCAUCACAAUGAGCAAGCAUCUAUACACAGAAGCUUGGGAUGCCGACAAAGCCUCCAUCCACGUCAUGCCGGACACUCCUGAAAUCCUGCUGGCCAAGAGCAAUUCUGCCAAUAUCAGCCAGAAACUGUACACCAAAGGAUGGGAUGAAUCAAAGAUGAAGGACUAUGACCUGAGAGAGGACGCCAUUUCCAUCAAAAGUGCCAAAGCCUCCAGGGACAUUGCCAGUGACUACAAAUAUAAGGAAGCCUAUGAGAAACAGAAAGGCCACCACAUUGGAGCCCAGAGCGUUGAAGAUGAUCCCAGGAUCAUGUGUGCCAUGCACGCAGGGAAGAUUCACAGUGACAGGGAGUACAAGAAGGAAUUCCAGAAGUGGAAGACCAAGUUCAGCAGCCCGGUGGACAUGCUGGGCUUGGUGCUGGCCAAGAAGUGCCAGACUCUGGUGAGCGAUGUUGACUACCGCAACUUCCUGCACAACUGGACUUGCCUGCCUGAUCAGAACGACAUAAUUCAAGCCAAGAAGGCCUAUGAACUGCAGAGCGACAGUGUGUACAAAGCGGAUCUGGAGUGGCUGCGUGGCAUUGGCUGGAUGCCAGAAGGCUCCGUAGAAAUGACCAGAGUGAAGGGCGCUCAAGACCUUGUGAAUGAAAGACUGUACAGGACACGACCAGAAGCCUUGAAGUUCACCUCCAUUGUUGACACUCCAGAAGUUGUCCUGGCAAAAGCCAACUCUUUGCAAAUGAGUGAGAGACUGUAUCAGGAAGCAUGGAAUAAAGAUAAAACCAACAUCAGCAUUCCCUUGGACACUCCAGCCAUGCUGCAGGCCCAGAUCAAUGCUUUGCAGAUUAGCAAUAAACUCUACCAAAAGGACUGGGAUGAAGCCAAGCAGAAAGGCUAUGACUUAAGAGCAGAUGCCAUUGAAAUCAAGCAUGCCAAAGCCUCCAGAGAAAUUGCCAGUGAGUACAAAUACAAAGAAGGUUACAGAAAGCAGCUAGGCCACCACGUGGGUUUCCGCAGCCUGCAAGAUGACCCCAAGUUGGUGUGGUCUAUACAUGCUGCCAAGAUCCAGAGUGACAGAGAAUACAAGAAAGCCUAUGAGAAGUCUAAAGGGAUUUACAACACACCCUUGGACAUGAUGUCAAUUGUGCAAGCCAAGAAAUGCCAAGUCCUGGUCAGCGACAUUGAUUAUCGCAAUUACCUACACCAGUGGACGUGCCUGCCAGAUCAGAAUGACGUGAUCCAGGCUAAGAAAGCCUAUGAGCUGCAGAGCGAUGCCAUCUACAAGGCUGACUUGGAAUGGCUGCGUGGCAUUGGCUGGAUGCCAGAAGGGUCUCCUGAAGUGCUGAGAGUCAAAAACGCCCAGGAGAUCCUGUGUGACAGUGUCUACCGGACCCCCGUGGUGAAACUGAAGUACACAAGCAUUGUGGAUACACCUGAAGUUGUCCUUGCCAAGUCCAAUGCUGAAAAUAUUAGUAUUCCAAAAUACAGAGAAGUUUGGGACAAAGAUAAAACUUCCAUCCAUAUAAUGCCAGACACGCCUGAAAUUAACCUCGCUCGAGCAAACGCUCUUAAUGUGAGCAAUAAACUCUACCGUGAGGGCUGGGAUGAAGUCAAGAUGAGCUGUGAUGUCCGGCUGGAUGCCAUCCCUAUCCAGGCUGCCAAGGCCUCCAGGGAGAUUGCUAGUGAUUACAAGUACAAGCUUGACCACGAGAAGCAGAAGGGACACUACGUGGGCACCCUCACAGCCAGGGAUGACAACAAGAUCCGGUGGGCCCUCAUAGCCGGCAAGAUUCAGAACGAAAGGGAGUACAGGCUCCAGUGGGCCAAGUGGAAGACCAAGUUCCAAAGCCCUGUGGACAUGCUUUCCAUCCUGCAUUCUAAAAAAUGCCAGACGCUGGUCAGCGACAUUGAUUAUCGCAAUUAUCUACACGAGUGGACGUGCAUGCCUGACCAGAACGAUGUCAUUCAGGCCAAGAAAGCCUAUGAGCUGCAGAGCGAUGCUGUUUACAAGGCUGACUUGGAAUGGUUGCGUGGAAUUGGGUGGAUGCCAAAUGAUUCUGUCUCUGUCAAUCAUGCCAAACAUGCUGCAGAUAUCUUCAGUGAGAAAAAAUACCGCACAAAAAUAGAAAGCCUCAACUUUACUCCCGUGGAUGACAGAGUGGACUAUGUGACAGCGAAACAAAGCACUGAGAUCCGAGACGAUAUUAAAUAUCGGAAAGAUUGGAAUGCCAUGAAAUCAAAGUAUACGCUUACAGAAACCCCGCUGCUGCACACUGCCCAGGAGGCUGCGCGGAUCCUGGACCAGUACCUCUACAAGGAGGGCUGGGAGAAACAGAAGGCCACGGGUUACAUACUGCCACCAGAUGCUGUACCCUUCGUUCACGCCCAUCAUUCCGGUGAUGUUCAGAGUGAGCUGAAAUACAAAGCUGAACAUGUGAAGCAGAAAGGACACUAUGUUGGUGUUCCCACAAUGAGAGACGAUCCCAAGCUGGUUUGGUUUGAGCAUGCAGGCCAGAUUCAGAAUGACAGGCUCUACAAGGAGGACUACCACAAGUCCAAGGCCAAAAUCAAUAUACCUGCUGACAUGGUGUCAGUUGUGGCUGCCAAGGAGGGGCAGAACCUUGUCAGUGAUGUUGAUUACCGUCAUUACCUACGCCAAUGGACGUGCCAUCCUGACCAGAAUGAUGUCAUUCAAGCAAGAAUUGCCUAUGACCUUCAGAGUGACAAUGUCUACAAAGCUGACCUGGAAUGGCUCCGAGGUAUUGGCUGGAUCCCGCUGGAUUCUGUAGAACAUGUGAGGGUUACAAAGAACCAGGAAAUGGUGAAUCAGAUAAAAUAUAAGAAAGAUGCUCUUAACAACUAUCCCAACUUUACAAGUGUGGUGGACCCUCCGGAGAUUGUUUUAGCCAAGAUUAACUCAGUCAAUCAAAGUGAUGUGAAAUAUAAAGAAACAUUUAAUAAAGCAAAGGGCAAGUACAUAUUCUCUCCAGACACACCACACAUCUCCCACUCGAAAGACAUGGGGAAACUCUACAGCACUAUACUAUACAAGGGAGCAUGGGAGGGAACCAAGGCCUAUGGCUACACCCUGGAUGAGCGGUACAUUCCAAUUGUCGGAGCCAAGCAUGCCGACCUGGUGAACAGUGAGCUGAAAUACAAGGAAACCUAUGAGAAGCAGAAGGGUCACUACCUGGCUGGAAAAGAAAUCAGUGAGUUCCCCGGGGUGGUCCACUGCCUGGAUUUCCAGCAGAUGCGGAGUGCGCUGAACUACAGAAGAGAUUACGAGGACACCAAAGCAAAUGUGCACAUCCCCAAUGACAUGAUGAACCACGUGCUGGUGAAACACUGCCAGUACAUCCUCAGUGACCUGGAGUACCGGAACUAUCUUCACCAGUGGACAUCGCUUCCGGAGGAGCCCAAUGUUGUCCGUGCCCGCAAUGCCCAGGAGAUCUUAAGUGAUAAUGUAUAUAAAGAUGACUUGAAUUGGCUGAAAGGCAUUGGCUGCUAUGUGUGGGAUACACCCCAGAUCCUCCAUGCCAAGAAGUCAUAUGACCUCCAGAGUCAGCUACAAUACACGGCAGCAAGUAAAGACAAUCUCCAGAACUAUAACCUGGUCACAGACACGCCAGUUUAUGUGACUGCUCUUCAGAGCGGUAUCAAUGCCAGUGAGGUGAAAUACAAAGAGAAUUAUCACCAGAUUAAGGACAAGUAUACCACGGUGCUAGAGACUGCCGAUUAUGACAGAACCAAGAACCUGAAGAGUCUGUACAGCAGUAACAUAUACAAGGAGGCCUGGGAUAAGGUGAAAGCCACCAGCUAUAACCUGCCAACCAGCACCUUGUCCCUGACACAUGCCAAGAACCAGAAGCACCUGGCCAGCCAUAUCAAAUACCGAGAAGAAUAUGAAAAGUUCAAAGCUCUUUACACAUUACCAAAAAGUGUUGAAGAUGAUCCAAACACAGCACGGUGUCUCCGCGUGGGCAAGCUUAACAUUGAUCGCCUGUACAGAUCAGUGUACGAAAAGAACAAGAUGAAAAUCCACAUUGUGCCCGACAUGGUGGAGAUGGUCACUGCCAAGGAUUCGCAGAAGAAAGUCAGCGAGAUCGACUACCGCCUGCACCUCCAUGAAUGGAUUUGCCACCCCGACUUACAAGUCAACAGUCACGUCAGAAAAGUGACAGACCAGAUCAGCGAUAUUGUGUACAAGGAUGACCUCACCUGGCUGAAGGGUAUUGGUUGCUACGUCUGGGACACUCCUGAAAUUCUCCAUGCAAAACAUGCUUAUGAUCUACGCAAUGACAUCAAGUAUAAAGCUCACGUGCAGAAGACCAGGAAUGACUACAAGCUGGUGACUGACACACCCGUCUACGUCCAGGCUGUCAAGAGUGGGAAGCAGCUCAGUGAUGCUGUCUACCACUAUGACUAUGUGCACAGCGUCAGAGGCAAAGUGGCCCCAACUACAAAAACUGUGGAUCUGGACCGGGCCCUCCAUGCAUACAAGCUUCAGAGUGAGAAUUUGUACAAGAAAGGCCUGCGCUACCUGCCCACUGGGUACAGACUGCCAGUUGAUACUCCACAUUUCAAUCACACCAAGGACACCCGCUACAUGAGCAGCUAUUUCAAAUACAAAGAAGCCUAUGAACACAUCAAGGCAAAUGGGUACACACUCGGACCCAAGGAUGUCCCGUUUGUCCAUGUCCGGAGAGUCAACAACGUUACGAGUGAGAGACUGUAUCGAGAAUUGUACCAUAAACUAAAAGACAAGAUACACACAACUCCAGACACACCCGAAAUCCGCCAAGUCAAGAAGACACAAGAAGCUGUCAGUGAGUUGAUCUACAAAUCAGACUUCUUCAAGAUGCAGGGCCACAUGAUCUCGCUGCCAUACACACCCCAAGUGUUGCACUGUCGCUACGUCGGAGACAUCACCAGUGACAUUAAAUACAAAGAGGACUUGCAGAUCUUGAAGGGACUUGGCUGCUUCCUGUAUGACACUCCUGACAUGGUCCGCUCCCGGCACCUAAGGAAACUCUGGUCAAAUUACCUGUACACUGAUAAUGCCAGGAAGAUGCGGGACAAGUACAAGGUGGUGCUUGACACCCCAGAAUACAGAAAAGUACAGGAGCUGAAGACCCAUCUGAGUGAGCUGGUGUACAGAGCUGCAGGCAAGAAGCAGAAAUCCAUCUUCACGUCAGUUCCUGAUACUCCUGACCUCCUAAGAGCCAAGCGAGGACAGAAGCUUCAGAGUCAGUAUCUCUAUGUUGAGCUUGCCACUAAAGAGAGACCCCAUCACCAUGCUGGAAACCAGACCACGGCUUUGCAACACGCUAAAGAUGUGAAGGACAUGGUCAGCGAGAAAAAGUACAAGAUUCAAUAUGAGAAGAUGAAGGACAAGUAUACACCAGUUGCAGAUACGCCGAUCCUCAUCAGAGCCAAGAGGGCUUACUGGAAUGCCAGUGAUCUUCGCUACAAAGAGACAUUUCAAAAGACUAAAGGGAAAUAUCACACCGUGAAGGACGCCCUGGACAUUGUGUAUCAUCGCAAAGUCACAGACGACAUCAGUAAAGUGAAAUACAAGGAGAACUACAUGAACCAGCUGGGAAUCUGGAGCUCCAUUCCUGAUCGGCCUGAACACUUCCACCACCGGGCAGUCACAGAUGCCGUCAGUGACGUAAAAUAUAAAGAAGAUUUGACCUGGCUCAAAGGCAUUGGUUGCUAUGCCUAUGACACUCCUGACUUGACACUAGCUGGACAGAACAAGACUCUCUACAGCAAGUAUAAGUAUAAAGAAGUAUUUGAAAGAACAAAGUCAAAUUUCAAGUAUGUUGCUGACUGUCCAAUUAACAGGCAUUUCAAGUAUGCAACUCAAUUGAUGAAUGAGAAAAAAUACAGAGCUGAUUAUGAGCAGCGGAAAGAUAAAUACCACCUGGUAGUCGAUGAGCCUAGACAUCUGCUGGCUAAGACCGCAGGCGACCAGAUCAGCCAGAUCAAAUACAGGAAAAAAUAUGAAAAGUCCAAGGACAAAUUCACCUCAGUUGUGGACACUCCAGAGCACCUACGCACCACAAAAGUCAACAAGCAAAUCAGCGAUAUACUUUAUAAACUGGAAUACAACAAGGCCAGACCCAGAGGCUACACCACCAUCCACGACACGCCCAUGCUGCUGCAUGUCCGCAAAGUGAAAGAUGAAGUCAGUGACCUGAAAUAUAAGGAAGUUUACCAAAGAAAUAAAUCUAACUGCACCAUCAAGCCAGAUGCUGUUCAUAUCAAAGCAGCCAAAGAUGCCUACAAAGUCAACACCAAUCUGGACUAUAAGAAGCAAUAUGAAGCCAACAAAGCCUACUGGAAGUGGACGCCUGACAGGCCUGACUUCAUCCAGGCUGCCAAGUCAUCCCUACAGCAAAGUGAUUUUGAAUAUAAGCUGGACCGAGAGUUUCUCAAGGGCUGCAAGCUUUCUGUCACUGAUGAUAAGGAUAUGGUGCUCGCCCUCAGGAACUCCUUAAUAGAAAGUGAUCUGAAAUACAAAGAGAAACAUGUUAAGGAAAGAGGAACAUGUCAUGCUGUGCCUGACACCCCACAGAUCCUCCUGGCAAAGACUGUCAGCAAUCUGGUGUCUGAGAACAAGUACAAGGACCAUGUUAAGAAGCACCUGGCCCAGGGCUCAUACACAACACUGCCAGAGACCAGGGACACAGUGCAUGUCAAGGCCGUGACCAAGCACGUCAGUGACACAAAUUACAAAAAGAAAUUUGUCAAAGAGAAAGGGAAGUCCAACUACUCCAUCAUGCAAGAGCCUCCGGAAGUGAAGCAUGCCAUGGAAGUGGCCAAGAAGCAGAGUGAUGUUGCUUAUAAAAAGGAUGCCAAAGAGAAUCUACACUACACCACAGUGGCUGAUCGGCCGGAUAUCAAGAAGGCCACCCAGGCAGCCAAACAGGCCAGUGAGGUGGAGUACAGAGCCAAGCACCGCAAAGAAGGCAGCCAUGGGUUAAGUAUGCUCGGCCGCCCAGACAUUGAGAUGGCCAAGAAGGCAGCCAAGCUGAGCAGCCAGGUUAAAUACCGAGAAAAUUUUGACAAAGAGAAGGGCAAGACACCAAAAUACAACCCAAAAGACAGCCAGCUCUACAAAACUAUGAAAGAUGCCAACAACCUUGCAAGUGAGGUUAAAUAUAAGGCUGACCUGAAGAAACUCCACAAGCCGGUGACUGACAUGAAGGAGUCUCUGAUAAUGCAUCACGUCCUGAAUACCAGCCAGCUUGCCAGUUCUUACCAGUACAAGAAGAACUAUGAGAAGAGCAAAGGCCACUACCACACGAUACCUGAUAACCUGGAGCAGCUGCACCUCAAAGAAGCCACAGAGCUGCAGAGUAUAGUGAAAUACAAAGAAAAAUAUGAAAAGGAACGAGGAAAGCCCAUGCUCGACUUUGAGACUCCAACCUAUAUUACCGCCAAAGAGUCCCAGCAGAUGCAGAGUGGGAAAGAAUAUAGGAAAGAUUAUGAAGAGUCCAUUAAAGGCAGAAACCUGACAGGCCUGGAGGUCACGCCAGCCUUGUUACAUGUCAGACAUGCAACCAAAAUAGCAAGCGAGAAAGAGUAUAGGAAAGAUCUAGAAGAAAGCAUUCGUGGGAGAGGCCUCACUGAAAUGGAAGACACUCCUGACAUGCUGAGAGCGAAGAACGCCACUCAGAUCCUCAAUGAGAAAGAAUAUAAGCGAGACCUGGAGCUAGAAGUUAAAGGAAGAGGCUUGAAUGCCAUGGCCAAUGAGACUCCAGAUUUUAUGCGGGCCAAGAAUGCUACAGACAUUGCCAGCCAGAUUAAAUACAAGCAAUCAGCAGAAAUGGAAAAGGCCAAUUUCACUUCUGUCGUUGAUACCCCAGAGAUCAUUCACGCUCAGCAGGUCAAGAACCUUUCCAGCCAGAAAAAGUACAAGGAGGAUGCAGAGAAGUCCAUGUCGUACUAUGAGACUGUCCUGGACACUCCAGAGAUGCAAAGAGUCCGUGAGAACCAGAAGAAUUUCAGCCUUCUCCAAUACCAGUGUGACCUUAAAAACAGUAAAGGGAAAAUUACAGUUGUUCAAGACACGCCAGAAAUACUGCGUGUCAAAGAAAACCAAAAGAAUUUCAGCUCGGUUCUGUAUAAAGAGGAUGUCUCCCCGGGAACAGCAAUUGGAAAGACCCCUGAGAUGCUAAGAGUGAAGCAAACGCAGGACCACAUCAGCUCGGUCAAGUAUAAAGAAGCAAUUGGUCAAGGAACUCCGAUCCCUGACCUGCCGGAAGUGAAGCGUGUCAAGGAGACCCAGAAACACAUUAGCUCGGUUAUGUACAAAGAGAACUUGGGAACAGGCAUUCCAACCACUGCCACCCCAGAGAUUGAGAGAGUCAAACGCAAUCAAGAGAACUUUAGCUCGGUUUUGUACAAAGAAAGUUUGGGGAAAGGAACCCCUACAGCUGUCACUCCAGAGAUGGAGAGAGUCAAACGCAAUCAAGAGAACUUUAGCUCGGUGCUAUACAAAGAAAACAUGGGCAAGGGAACCCCUUUACCCAUCACUCCAGAGAUGGAGAGAGUCAAACACAAUCAAGAAAAUAUUAGCUCGGUUUUGUACAAAGAAAACGUGGGGAAAGCCACCCCAACCCCUGUCACACCGGAGAUGCAGAGGGUCAAACGCAAUCAAGAGAACAUUAGCUCGGUGCUAUACAAAGAGAACAUGGGGAAAGCAACCCCCACACCCUUUACUCCUGAGAUGGAGAGAGUCAAACGCAAUCAAGAAAACUUUAGCUCGGUACUGUACAAAGAGAAUAUGAGAAAAGCAACUCCAACCCCUGUCACUCCAGAGAUGGAGAGAGCUAAGCGCAACCAAGAAAACAUUAGCUCGGUUCUUUAUUCUGAUAGCUUCCGGAAACAAAUACAAGGCAAAGCUGCCUACGUGCUAGAUACACCAGAGAUGAGGCGAGUCAGGGAAACCCAACGGCACAUCUCAACAGUGAAAUAUCAUGAAGACUUUGAGAAACACAAGGGCUGCUUCACACCAGUGGUGACAGAUCCUAUCACUGAACGAGUAAAGAAAAACACACAGGACUUCAGUGACAUUAACUACCGAGGUAUUCAAAGGAAAGUGGUAGAAAUGGAGCCAAAACGGAAUGACCAGGACCAAGACACCAUUACAGGUCUGCGUGUCUGGCGUACUAACCCUGGUUCAGUUUUUGACUACGACCCAGCAGAAGACAACAUCCAGUCCCGAAGUUUGCACAUGAUUAAUGCCCAAGCUCAACGCCGGAGCCGGGAGCAGUCUCGAUCUGCCAGUGCACUGAGUGUCAGUGGGGGUGAGGAGAAGUCCGAGCACUCUGCAGACCAGCACCUUUCCACGUACAGUGAUGGAGGUGCCUUCUUCUCGGCAACCUCAACAGCAUACAAACAUGUGAAAACCACUGAGCUCCCACAGCAACGGUCAUCCUCAGUUGCCACCCAGCAGACGACACUGUCUUCUGUCCCAUCCCACCCAUCCACAGCCGGAAAAAUCUUCCGUGCCAUGUAUGACUAUAUGGCUGCAGAUGCAGAUGAAGUGUCCUUCAAAGACGGAGAUGCUAUAGUGAAUGCUCAGGCGAUUGAUGAAGGCUGGAUGUAUGGCACUGUGCAGAGGACCGGCAGGACCGGCAUGCUCCCAGCCAAUUACGUGGAAGCUGUUUAAGUACUUCAAUAUCUCCAUCAGCUUUUCAGUAUCUGCAUCUUACAGGCAACAUUUCAGGAGACUUCACUGUGUCCAUGCUCUCAAGCUGCCUAAUGUUUUCACCUAUAACACUUAAUGUAUUACCAUCUCUUCUGUAAAAACCUGAGUUAUUCUCCAUGAAACCAAACAUUAAUUCAUCUGUUCAAUUCUUAAGCUAGACUUACAGAUUCAUUCUUUUCUAGAUUUACACAUGAAACUAAAGACAGUAAAAAUGUAAACGCUCAUUUUGAAAAAUUACCACUAUCAACUAACUCUUCUUUCCGUUUUAAAGUAAGUUGAAAUUCACAAUAGAAUUUUUAAAAGCUUCUAUAGUGCUAUGUAACCAAGUCUUUCCCAGUUAUAAAAAUGUUUUAACAUUAUUCUGGACAUGCCAAGCAAUAACAGAAAAACAGAAGAAUCACCUUUCUCUUGUUUACUAAGUGCUAAUGCUUGUGCUUCUAAACUUGUUUCUGUAAGUUAUGAAGAUGUCAACAUAAACUGGAAACUAAUAAAAUCUAUAGUUCUGCAACAAA